GCUCUUUCCUCUCACCCAAUUCCUACGCUUUCUCUUCGGUUUCUUAUCUCUUUCUCUCACCCAAAUCAGCCAUUGCAGCUCUGUUAACCAGAGCUUUUCUUCUUUUUUUCUCCCAUUGCUCACAACAACUUCAGCUCCUCCUAGCUGACCACACUUCUCCUCUAGUAUCGGUUUUUGGCAGCCAAGAGUAACAGAUAAUAUGGCCAUGGAGCAGUACUCUCAAGGAACCAUGAACCCUGCGGAGUCCAUUGAAGAUAACAAGUCUUCCUUCAAAAAGUGGAAUUCUAUCACUGAUACAGUUGCAGACUUCGAUAACGAUUCUGCAGGUGGCUUUGAAUGCAACAUCUGCUUAGACACCGUGCAUGAUCCAGUGGUCACACUCUGUGGUCACCUUUUCUGCUGGCCCUGCAUAUACAAAUGGCUUCACUUCCAGAGUGCAUCUUCCGAAACCGAAGACCAAACACCGCAGCAAUGCCCUGUAUGCAAAGCUGAAGUUUCGCAGGCCUCACUGGUCCCUCUCUACGGGCGUGGCCAAACCACAAAACCCUCAAAGGGCAAGGCCCCCAAUCUCGGUAUAGUCAUACCAAGGAGACCUCUCGGUCCAAUUUGUGGGUUUGAUUCACCUAGUCAACACACCACUCAGCAACUUUACUAUCAAAAUUAUCCUAAUCAAUCACAACUUAAUUAUUCUCAACGCGGUUACUCUGCUUCGCCGAUGCUCAGCCCAGGUGGUAGCACCACAAAUAUUUUUGAUCCAACUAUUGGAAUGUUGGGUGAAAUGAUAUAUGCAAGGGUGUUUGGUAACUCGAUGACAAACCUAUACACAUACCCGAACUCUUAUCAUCUGGCAGGAAGCAGUAGUCCGAGAGUAAGAAGACACGUAAUGCAGGCCGAUAGAUCACUCAGCAGAAUUACAUUUUUCCUCUUCUGUUGUGUAAUUUUGUGUCUACUUUUGUUCUGAAAGUAUCGUACCUGUUACUUUUUGCCCCAUUGUAUAAACUGUAAAAAUUAUUUGAGUGUAAGAAAUACAAAUCACGGAUGGAUUCAAUAUUAUAUUAAAAUAUAUCCAUUCGUGUAGUAAUCUAUGAAGAUUCAUGAGACUGAUAUUAAUGAGACUGAUAUGGAGUUUCAUAUUCUUCUUUCUUGUUCA